AUGCCUGUGAUCAAGAUAAAGAAGCGGAAGGAAGAAAGCAACGAUGAGGAGGCCUCUCGUCCGCGGAAAUUGCGCAUAAAGACCAAGGUCAUGGAUGAAGAGGAAAGCCAACCUGAGGUCAGGAGGAGUCUCAAGAAGUCGACAAGCUCUGGUAGAUCCAGGAAACCAAACGGAGGCAGCGGCAUGAAACUGAAGCUGAACCUGAAGAAAAGCAAAAGCGCAGAGCCGGAAAAGCCUCCAAAGGCUCCCAGGCUGAGAGUGAAACCUAUCAGGGUGCCCGGAGAGGGAUACGAUUCAGAGGCUUCAGAUAUCGAAGAUGAUCCGCUGAUAGAAGAGGCCAUCGUACUGCGAGUGCUGCCGGAUAUCCAAGCGGAAUUUGUAAAACAUUCGAUCGAUUCUGGGGAUUACUCGGGGAUAAGCAUCAAAUGGAAAGGCCAAAGACAUGCUAUCGUCAACAUCAACGAUGUAUCGUACGGGGCAAUCCUGGUGAAUCUCCCCACGGUUAUCGAGGUGAACAAGAGUGUCGAUAGGAAGAACCUACUCAAGACGGUCGAUGUAUCGCAAAUGCUGCUCUGUAUCCAGGUGAUCGAAAGCGAGGAGGAGGUCUUCACGCUGCGGCCUCCAGAGACAGAAGAUCUCGUGUCGAAACACUUCGAGGAGCAUCAGGACGAGAUCAAUGAGUGCAAGAUGAAGUUUUUCAAAGGCUACAACGAUGGGCCGCUGACCGAACUGGAGACCAAAUAUCUGGAGCAGAUAGCGACCAAGCCCUACGACUACAAGCACGGCUUGACGCCUCCGCUUUACAACGUGCGAAACAGGCGGUUUCGGCGGAAAAUGGGGCUUGACGAAUUCGAGUACGCCGAGAAGUGUGUGGAAAGGCUACUCAGACAAGACGACCAAGCAGAGGAAGUGACGUAUGAACUGGUGGACGAAGACGAAAUACAGCGGAGAUCCACGCCGGCCGCAAGUCUGUCGCAGCUGGAGACAAGAGAGUCCUACGCGGCGGAGACCGCGGACCACGAGAAGGAGGAGGUCGACCUCAACCUAGACGAAGCGUUCCAAAGCGACACCGAGGAGGCCAAGGAAAGAGGCUCCUUCAAAGACGAAGCGGCAGACGAGCGCAACGAGCACGACUUGUUCGACGAGACCGGCGACGACGUCGAGCAGGACAACGGCGAGGAGGACGAGGAAGAGGAGGAAGAAGAAGAGGAGGAAGAAAACGAGCCCGAAGACGAAGAAGCCGAAGACAACGCCGAACGCGUCGAAAAGCAAGCUGUCGACGAAGACCGCCAGCACAACGAGCUGCUCAAGGACGAGCUCAACGAACUGGAGACUACGCUGAACCACGCCAGACAGAAGCUGCAGAAGGCGGCCAACCCGCUGCUAAAAUCAAGAUUCGUCGAAACCAUAAAGAAGCUCGAGAGGGAAGUCGAGCUAAAGAGAAAGCAACUCAAGUUCAGCGACGAGACCCUGCAAAAGCCCGAAGACGAAACACAGCCCGCGCCCUCGCAAGAACAGCAGCCGGAAACCGCCGUCGCCGGAGACACCGACGACGACGAAGACGAAGAAGACGAAGAUGAAGAAGACGAAGACGAAGACGACGAAGAAGAAGACGACGAAGAUCGCGCUGCGCCCGAUCAGCCACAAGAACUCGACCAGAACGAUCUGGACAUGAUGAUGCUAUUCGGCGCCGAGGGAGAUGACGCAGAAGAGUAA